UCUAACGUCGUCUUACGAUACACUGUCUAUCAGGGAUAAUGCUUUGGUGUGUGACUCUUAUUCUUGUCAGCUUUGUAAAAUCUCGAUCAGAGAGUUUACAGGUUAUUGGUCCAGAAGCUCCUCUUGUUGCUGUAGCUGGUGAAGAUCUGAUUCUGCCCUGUUUUAUCAAACCCAACACCAGUGCUGUGGACAUGACAGUGGAGUGGAUGAGAAUAGAGGAAGUGGCUUCAUUAGUGCAUCUCUAUAGGGAUCAUGAAGACAGAAAUGAAGGUCAGGCUCAGUCCUACAGAGAAAGAACAUCACUGUUUAAAGAAGAGCUACAGAAAGGCAACACUUCACUCAAACUCUCAGAUCUCAGAGUCUCUGAUGAAGGAGAAUAUAAGUGUCUUGUUGAGGAAAAAUCCUGGUACGAUGACAUCAUUGUGAAGGUCAUUGUAGAGGCUCAGGGAAGCCACCCAGUGAUAAUGAUGGAGAGUUUUGAUAACUCAGGAGGGAUUAAUCUAGUGUGUGAGUCCAGAGGCUGGAAACCUGAACCUGAUGUUCUGUGGCUGGACAGAGAAGGAGUCACUCUGACUGCUGAAGAUACACAGAUACACAGAGACACUGAGCUCUUCAGUGUGAAAACCAGCAUCACUGUUUAUGAUUAUAGCGACUCUAACAGGUUUUACUGCAGACUUCAGCAAAAACAUCACAUGCUGGAGACAGAAAUUAUCAUCAGUAGUAAAGUCUUUCAUGCUUGGAAGUGGAUUGUCGGGAUCUCAGUUUCAGCAUGUCUUAUUGCUGUUGGAUUGAUCGUAACUGCAGUUGUUUGUCACAAGAAAGAGAUGCAGAAGCAGACUAUUAUCUCUCAAAAAGAGAGACAGAUACAGAUGCUGAAAACUGAAAUGAGGAAGGAGAAGGAGUACACAGAGAGGCAGAUACAGAUGCUGGAAGCUGAAAUGAGGAAGGAGAAGGAGUACACAGAGAGGCAGAUACAGAUGCUGGAAGCUGAAAUGAGGAAGGAGAAGGAGUACACAGAGAGGCAGAUACAGAUGCUGGAAGCUGAAAUGAGGAAGGAGAAGGAGUACACAGAACUGCAGAGACUGAGUGUGGAAUACGAGUUAUUAAAGAAGAAGCAGUAUGCAGUGGAUGUGACUCUGGAUCCUGAUACAGCAAAUCCAUCUCUCAUCCUGUCUGCUGAUGGAAAACAAGUGACACGUGGAGACACACGACAGAAUCUCCCUGAUACACCACAGAGGUUUAAUUCUGUCUGUGUUCUGGGAAAGCAGAGUUUCUCCUCAGGGAGAUUUUAUUAUGAGGUGCAGGUCAGUCGAAAAACAGCCUGGAUAUUAGGAGUCGCGAGAGAGAACAUUAACAGGAAGGAGUGGGUGAUUAUAGAGACUCCACAGGAUGGAUUCUGGACUGUAUGGAUGAGGAAUGAGAAUCAGUAUGAGGCUCGUGCUGGUCCCUCUGUCCCCCUCACACUGAGAGAGAAGGUGGAGGUUGUGGGGGUAUUUGUGGAUUAUGAGGAGGGUCUGGUCUCCUUUUAUGAUGUGAAGUCCAGAUCUCAUAUCUACUCUUUCACUGGUCAGUCUUUCACUGAGAAUCUCUAUCCAUAUUUCAGUCCUUAUUUACAUGAAGACGGUGAAAAUUCAGCACCACUGAUCAUCUCUCCUGUAUUUAAGACUGAAUGAAUUUUUAGUCAAAUUUUCUUACAAAUUUAUUUAUCUAUUAAAUGGUAAGAAUAAAAAUAAAUAUUUCACUUUUUUAGUUACAUUUUAAAAACACAUUUUCCCUUUUAAAAUUCUGUACAGAUUAUUUUAAUACCUGUUUUUU